AUGGCGGCGAUAAAAGGCCUGGGUAGGAAUAUUCCCUACUUGAGGCAACAGGCUGCGGCCCUGCUCGGUAAUACCAGCACCAGCGUCAAGACCAUCUGCGUGGUGGUGCUGUUCUCGUAUUGCCUGUCCUUCUCCAAGGAGGCGAUACGCAUCCUGAGCGUGACGCCAGGUUACCUGCUGCCGCCGGUCUUCUGGUUCUGGACGGCCUUCACCUUUUGCUUCCUCGAGAUACACUUCUGGGAGGUAUGCGCGGACAUCGUGACUGUCGGUUUAUGUGGCAAGUUGAUCGAGCCUCUGUGGGGCGCCUUCGAGAUGAUGACGUUCUUUGCCAUCGUCAACUUCGGUGUCGCAGUGCUCUCAGCGCUCUUCUACCUGUUUCUCUACAUGUGCACCAGCAACCCGGACUUGCUCUUCAGCAUACACAUACACGGUUUGACCGGCUACAUCGCAGGAGUUGCAGUAGCGGUGAAGCAAAUAAUGCCAGAUCAUAUCUUAAUCAAGACACCAAUUGGGAAGAUAACAAAUAGAAAUAUACCCUUAAUGGUAUGGAUUGUGGGAUUGAUAUUGUGGCUUAUUGGGUUACUAGAAGGUACUCAUCCCACCAUGUUUCUCAGUGGAUUAUUAAUAUCUUGGAUAUACCUGAGGUUUUAUCAAAAGCACAACAAUGGUACCCGAGGAGACAUGGCGGAUAAUUUUACAUUUGCGAGUUUCUUUCCAAAUGUUUUACAACCACCGAUAGCAGUAGUAGGUAACACUAUACAUGGAUUUUUUGUGCGUAUUGGACUGUGUCGAAAAGUAGUUAGAAGAUUUGAUAUGUCCAACACACCACCUGGCUUAGUUAUUAAUCUUCCUGGUAUUGAUCCUCACGACAGCGAGCGACGCCGGCAAAUAGCGUUGAAAGCGUUAAGCGAAAGAUUAAGCAGAGAUCACGCGAAACCUUGGCAACCGGACAGGACUAAGAAACACUCUCCAGUGCCUCCUGCGGUUUCCAUACCGAUACCUGAAUCCACUACACCCAAACCACUCGCGUCUCCACUCAUUCCACAAGUCAAUGUCAAUAUACAUAAUCAACAUCAUCCCUCUAGUAGCAAUACGUGAUUAUAUGAG